AAAAAUUCAGCCAAUCAAGUCAGCUCUCAAGAAACAUGCAGAGGUCAGCCAAGAGAUUCAAACAGGAAGCAAGUAUCUUAACGAACCACUCACCGUUGACACCUCCGGCGCCGCCACCACCGCCUCGGCUAACCAGUGAGGAGGAAAUGUCCGUCAUGGUAGCUACUUUGAAGAACGUCAUAACUGGUGACUCAGCCACUUCUCACUUUGACUAUGCUGCUGAAAUGAAGGUUGUGUCUUCGGUUGCUCAAGAUACAGAGACUUGUCACUUUUGCAGAAUCCAAGGGUGUUUGGGGUGCAAUUAUUUUGGACCGGCGGCGCCAGUGGUGGAUGAAAAGAAGAAGAAGAAGAAUGUGGUGGUGAAGAACAAGAAGAAUUACAGAGGUGUAAGGCAGCGGCCAUGGGGAAAAUGGGCGGCAGAGAUUCGGGAUCCUCGUAAGGCUGCAAGAGUGUGGCUUGGUACAUUUGAGACGGCGGAGGAUGCAGCACGGGCUUACGAUAGGGCGGCGAUUGAAUUUAGAGGUUCAAAAGCAAAGCUUAAUUUUCCUUUUGCCGAUUACACCACCAACCUGGCCUCGGCCAGUCAUCAACCUAGUCCACUAUCUCAACAUCAUUACAAUCAUCAGAAAAGUCUGCAUCAAGAAAAUGAAAGAAACAAUAAGAUUUCGACAGAAAUGGAAGUUGGGACUAGCAAUGAGAUGCGUUUCUGGGAUGUGAUUGGAGAAGAUGAAAUUCAAGAAUGGAUGACGACAAUGAUGAUAUAUUCCAGCGGACAAGAUUAUUCAGAUUCUGCCAGUAGGAUCCUAAAUAUGUAGCAGCAUAAAAGAAACCCAUUCGUAGUUUUAUUGAAUUGCGCGAAGAAUUCUUUGUUCUGUUUAUUGGAGUAUUUUUAUUUUAUAAAACAUCUUGACUUUUGUACUUUGAUCGGCGAUAUAGAUUAGAUUGUGUUGAAAUAGAAUCGAAAAUGGUGUAUACAAAACAUUUCUCUUUUUUAUUAAUAUCAGGUUUGUGAUUGGUGAU